AAAGUUCAGUUUGUCUCAGGCCGAUCACACGUCGUGUGCCGUCAGAGCGCCGCGAUUAGCGCCUGCUACUUCACGUUGUACUUCUAGUUUAUAUAGUGCCUUUCACCGCAAACGGACUAAUAGAAGGCAAGCUGCUGGAUUGUAAGACAAUGAGCGAAGAGGAGCUCUACACGGUCUACAAGGGGGUCUUCGUCCCUAACGUCUUGCACCCAUCCGACAGCCUGCAGUACGCGGAGGAGUUCCUCGUGCGGGAAGGAGACAUUUUCGUUGUGACUUACCCCAAAUCUGGGACAACUUGGAUGCAGGAGAUUUUGACUCUCAUUAUGAGUGGCGGCGAUUUCACUCCGGUGCUGACCCUGCCCAACUGGGACAGAGUGCCAUGGUUGGAGGAGCACAGAACAAAAGAACUACAAAUGAAUGAAAGGCCUUCUCCCCGAACCCUCUCCACACAUUUGCAUUACCACAUGAUGCCCAAAUCAUUCUACAAUUCCAAAGCAAAGGUCAUCUAUGUCUUGCGUAAUCCCAAAGAUGUCUAUACCUCCUCCUACUAUUAUUAUCAAAUGGCAACUUAUCUAGUGGACCCUGGAACUCCAGAUGAAUUCCUCAUGAAAUUUCUGGAUGGAAAAGUGAUGUUUGGCUCUUGGUUUGACCAUGUGAAGGGGUGGCUCAGUGCCAAGGAACAAGUCCUUUACAUCUCCUAUGAAGAGAUGAUAGCUGAUCUUAAGGGCUCAGUUUCAAAAGUCUGCACUUUCCUGGACAAGCCCCUAAGCGAAGAAGUCAUGGAGAAGAUAGCAGAUCACUGUACAUUUAAAAACAUGAAGCAAAACAAAAUGUCCAACUAUUCGUUGGUCCCAAAGGAGUUUAUGGAUCAAACAAAAUCAAAUUUCCUGAGAAAAGGGAUCUCUGGGGACUGGAAGAAUUUAGUCACUGUUGCACAGGCUGAACUGUUUGACUCGGUCUACAAGGAAAAAAUGAAAGGGAUUGAGUACAAGUUUUACUGGGAUGAAAACUAAACCAAAAACACCAGGGAUAGAAGAAAAAAAUGAAAUCAAAGGAGACAAACCUGAAAGAGCGCGCUCUGCAUGUGCUCCCUUUUGUCAGAAUUCUCCGGAGCGUUGUUAUUUCAAAGAUGUUGUCAGUUUUAUACUCUUGAUAAACCCAGAGGGUUUUUUUUUUUUUUGUAAAUGUUCUUCCCUCCACAGAGAUGAAAUCUGGAAUUCAAAUGUCUAAAUAAAUUUCAGUAUCGCA